UCUAUGAAACUAUGUAAUCUAUGAGCUUGUAAAAUGGCGAAGCACCGAAUAUUUGCGCGGGAAUGAUAAUAAUGUAUCGCACAUGUGUUUCUAACAUAAACUCAAAUUUUUGUUAUGUAAUAUAAAAUUACUUUUGCAUGUAAAGUAUUGCAUGCAAAUAUGAAGAAGGUUCAAUUGUCACGUAAGAAGUCUUCCGUUGUUAAUGAUGUCAAACAAUCUCAAAUAAAGAUAACAUCAUACUUUACAAAAGCUCCAAAACCUGACCUAAGCAACAUAAAUAAGGUUGCAUUAGAUUUAAAAUCUGUAUCGCAAAUCUCCAGCAUUGAUAAGAAAAGAAAGGAGAGGGAUGAUACAUUAGAGGAAAAAUUAUAUACAAACAUUAAAAAGAAAUGCACAGCUGAUAUUUGCAUUGCAGAACCUAUAAGUGUUAAAUCAACUAAAGAUUCAAUAUUAUCAUCUGCAGUCAAAGAUACCACAGAUACAUCUAUCAAUUUCAAAGAGAAUAAAUCAGUAUACCAGGAUGUGUCAACUUAUAAACACAAUAAAAAGGAAACUAGCAGUAAGUUGACAAUAAAAACAGAGCAUAAUGAGACUAUGGUACAAAAUUUCACCAGCUUCAAUGUUUCAGACUGCAAUAAUGCUUAUAUUCUUAAAGAAUUACAAAACCAACAUACUGUUGCUCAAAAAUCUGCUGUACUUCCUGUAAACACAUACAUUUGCAGUAAAACAAAAUCGCCUGAUUCAAAGCAAGUUCAAAGCAAGGACUCUUUCGAAGAAUUUUUUGCUAUCAAAGAAGACGACUUUGAUGAUUUUUUCGAUCAGGAAUAUAUAAACGCGCAAAUCGAUUUCAGCACUCUGCAAAGGUGUAAAAUAAUGGAAGUAAAGGAAGAGCAAAGAGUCAUGAUUUUAACGGUGCAACACAUCGAGUCAGAAGUUAUCGAGACUGUUACUUGUUCAGGGAUAUGGAAGGAUGUGCAGGUGAAAGUCGACGACAUCGUUACGAUACAAGCCGAGAAAAAGUCGCAGCGAUGGAUCAUUGACAACCAUCGUGGUUAUCUCAUUACGCAGCCCGACAAAUUGAUAUCUGGCACCACAAUAACGAGCGGCUUGUUUUGUAGUAGACGAGCGGUGUUAGCGGAGAGAUUUAAGAAGAUAGAAUCGUUGCCGUGUCCCAAUGCCGAUUACUCCGUGAUGACUAUAGGAUCGUUGGUUCACCAAUGGCUGCAAAAGGCAUUGCGGGAGAACGUGCAUGCGUUAUCCGACGUGGUCAAAUUGCUGGACAACAUGCUACAGUUGAGAGACACGAUAGACUAUCUCUACGCUUCGGAAAUGUCGCUGGACGACUGCCGGAAACGUAUGAUGGAGUAUGCACCCAAGAUAUUCCAGUUUAUUCAGCACUACAUCAGGGGCAACAAACAGAGCCGCAUAAAUGACCUGAAGGACAACUUUCAAGGCAGUAUAUGUAACAUACAAGACAUUGAGGAGAACAUUUGCAUACCACAGUUAGGUAUCAAGGGAAGGAUAGACGUGACAGCGGAGGUAAGCAUUAACUCGAGGCGCAAGAUCAUGCCGCUGGAGGUGAAAACCGGAAGAGCCUCGUACUCGUUGGAGCACAAGGCACAAGUUAUCCUUUACUUCAUGAUGAUGGGCUUGAGGGACGAGGAGGUCGACACUGGCCUGUUGUUGUACCUCAAGGAGAACUCCAUGCAAGAAAUCAAGAGCAGCUAUUACGAAAAGAGGGAUCUGCUAAUAUUGCGGAAUACAUUAACGUAUUACUUCACCAAGCAGUCGGAGGAUCCAUCGCUGAGUGCGGACUUUGCGGAGUCAGGUACCUUAAAAGCGAUGGAGCUGCCGGAGCCGAUAAAUCACCCGACUGCAUGUUCUCGAUGUCCUUACCAGGUCGUGUGUUGCGCUUACCUCGCGAAAGAUCCCAACGUGAAUUUGCCACCGUUGCAUCCGCUGACGACGCUCAUUAAAAAGUUGCUGAAUGAGUUCGAAUCCAGUCACUUAGAUUACGUUAUAAGAUGGGUCGGGCUGCUACAGCUGAUGCAAAGCUUCGACGGUGAUAACGGCAGUUUGAGUAAUUUAUGGACGAUGAGUCCCGAGAAGAGAGAGGCGAAGCGCAUCUGCAUUAGCAACUUAAAGGUUGUCGGGAAGGUGGUGGAGCGAGACGAUAGGUAUCAGCACGUAUUCGCUCGCGCUGAUAUCAAGGGUGAAACCACUGAAGACGGCGCGUUCAGCAACGUGUUCGCCGUAAACGAUUACGUUACCGUCAGUACAGACACGCGAAUCAAUAUUACCACCGGGAGCAUACUGCAAAUUUCAAACGACACUAUUUCAGUCUUGUUGGAUAAGGACGUGAUGCGCAGGGAAGACACAGACUGCGCGAUCUUCCACAUCGACAAGUACUCUUUUACGGGAUCCGUGUUCACGUUUGAUUACGCAAAUGUGGUCGGUCUGCUGAGCACCGAGAAGGCCAACGCGCGGCUGCGGCGCAUCGUCAUCGACAGAACGCCGGCAACGUUCGCGAAGAGCCUACCGCGCUCGACUGUGUCGGCCGGCACCGAGAUGAUGCGCGAUCUGAACGAAGAUCAGCAGAGGGCCGUGUUGCGAGCCGUGGCAGCUGAGGAGUACGUCCUGGUGAAGGGCAUGCCUGGCACGGGAAAGACGCAGACACUGGUGGUGCUUGUAGAACUGUUGCUGAAGUUAGACUUCACAGUGCUGAUCACGGCGCAUACGCACAGCGCGGUCGAUAAUGUUCUACUGAAGCUGUUGGACCGGAACAUAGACUUCCUUCGUUUGGGCGCAACCAAACAGGUCCAUCCGUUGUUGACGUGCAAGACGGAGGAAUACGCAACGAAGUGCUGCGACACACCAGAAAAGUUGGAGAUGCUCUAUAACGAUAAACGUGUGGUCGGGGUGACGUGUUACGGUGCCUACCACCCGCUCCUGCGACGACGCUCGUUCGACGUGUGCGUGGUGGACGAGAGCACGCAGGUGACACAGCCUACGGUGCUACGGCCGUUGUACAGCGCACGCCGUUUCGUCCUCGUGGGCGAUCCGAAUCAACUACCGCCUGUCGUCAAGAGUCGCACGGCCGUCAAGCUCGGCGCGGACGAGUCGUUGUUCGUGCGGCUCGACAGCGAGAAUAACACCGUCAAUCUGACAAAACAGUACAGGAUGAACAGGCGAAUCAUGAAGUUGGCCAACGACACCGCGUACCGCGGCAAGCUGAUGCCGAGCAAUAAGCAGGUGGAGAACGCGACUCUGAUCUGCGCACACGCGGAGGUACUCUCGUCCUGCGAAGCUUGGGUAAGAAGAACGCUCUCCAGGCAGCUGGACGACUCGGUAAUGGUGCUCGAUACUGGUAGCACUCGUGAUUUCAACGUGAACGAGUCGUAUGGUAAGAGCGUUACGUCGGAUCAGAUGUAUUCCAACCUUUGGGAAGCUGCGAUAAUCAUUCGCCUGGUGCGAGUGCUCAAGGAAGCGGGCGUGUACGCUAGAAACAUAGGAAUCAUCGCACCGUACAACGCUCAUGUGACUUUACUGAGAAAGCUUGUGAAUGACAAAGAGGUGGAAGUGAAUACCGUGGAUCAAUAUCAGGGACGCGACAAGGACGUCAUAUUGUACACGUGCGCGAGGAGCGUGCUGCAUCAAAAGAAGGAACACGAGAUAUUGGACGAUCAACGACGUUUGACGGUGGCUAUUACUCGCGCGAAGCACAAGCUGAUCAUAAUCGCUGAUGAAGCCACUGUCAUGAAAUAUAUGCCGUUUAAAAAUCUCUUUGAAGUCAUCGACGAUAAGAACGUGAUCCGUCUACGCGACGGUGAAGAGGAGUUUGAUUGGAAGAAUCUUGUUCGCUCUGUACUGUAAAGCUAACAUCAAUUGUGAUUAGUGAUCGAGAGACUAGAUAGCUUAAUGAAGAUUAAUAUUAGGAAAAAAAAGACUAACGGGCGGUGACUAACUGCGAAGCAUGUCAGUAUUCUUCUAAAUUAUUUUUUAUCAUAUUUUCUAAAACACCACCGUACAAUCAUAAAUACUUUUUGUACAGUAAAUAAAUGAUAGAUGUACAGAUAAAUGAUGUAUGAUAGAAUAUAAAUAUAUUUUGUGAAAAAAUAUCUCGACAUUAAAGUACAUCCAUAUUUCUUCGUAUUUGCGCUAGUGACCUAGAAGGCACUCUCAUUAACGUUGAAGUACUUGAAGUAAUUAGGUCACGGUACAAAAUAAACGAAAUACUAACGAAGAAAAAUAAAUCGCUUGAAUAAAAUCUUCGAAGUCAGACGGGGACGCAAAAAAUUCGAAACAUCUGGUAAAAGCAUAAUUUACAAUUUUAAAAACUUGAUCAAGUGUAAUAGUAAUUCAUCUUUAUCAAAAUAUAUCGUAUAUAGCGUCGCGAAAUGAUAUUUACGAAAUGACACAG